UUCCUCCUGUUGGGUUCGUGUCGCAACGCGUGUUAAGAGAGCGUUUCCGAUUGUAUUUCACAUGAAAGAGUGUGUGAUUAGAGCACCAGAAUGAACACGAUGAGAACAGGAUUUUUUUUUUUUUUUUUGGUUUUCUUGAGCAGUCACUGAGGCGCACUGGCUCUAAAUACUAGACGCUGAGUAAGUGAAAGAGAGAGAGAGAGAGAGAGAGAGCGCGCGCGCGCGAGAGAGAGAGAGAGAGCGCGCGCGAGAGAGAGAGAAAGCGCGAGCGGGUGAGUGCGCGAGCUUCGGCACUCCAGUCUCGAUCCAAGUCUGAUUAAUUAGAGAUCCACCAGAAUGACAUGUCGGGGAUUUUCUCUGGCAUCUACAGCUACACGAAGCUGAUCCGGGACAACAGCAAGACCAGCUCGUAUUCUCGUUUUUUUUUAGGAUCAGAUUUGGAUUAGUAACCAUGAGAAUUGCUUUGGUUCUCAUGACAUCAGUUUUUCAGGUGCUGGGUAAAGGUCUUAUCAGCAGUCCUAAAAAUGUCGUAUGUAUUGGAAAGAUGAAAUCUAAAGAUUUAAAAUACAGUUCCUCCUGGCCCAGAAUAAAGUGUACAUGGGAUCAUGAUCAAUAUACUACAGAUAUCAAGUACAGAGUCCAUCUAAAGCAGAAUGAAGAACAUAUCUGUGAAUCAUCAGAAAAAAAUUGUUCCUUCCCAGAUGAUGUCAUUGUGUUGAUGCAUGACACACUAAAGAUAAGUGUGAGUGCAGAGGAUGCCUAUGGAAAUUCAGCUCUAUCUAACGAAGUUUCCUAUAGUGAGGGUUGGGAUAUUGUUCAAAUGGAUUCACCAACAGAUAUUAUUGCUAAGCCGUUGCCGAGCGGUCUCAGAGUGUCGUGGAAGAUUGAGUGGUCUAACGUGGGCAGUGUCGAGUGUGAAAUACAGUUACAUGAAAAAGGUUCAAAAACUAAGCCUGUUGUGAAAAAUCCGGAAGACUGCUUUUUAACUGCUUUGGAAAUAACUGAGGUGAAACCUUGUACCAACUACUCAGUGUCCAUGCGCAGUAGGUUUCAAGGCUCAGUCUGGAGCACCUGGAGCCCUCACGUCACUACAACCAGCUAUCUCAAUGUGAGUGGCUUACAGUUCUGGAGAUCCAAAAGUAUAUUAAGUGAUAGGGGAACCAGAACAGUGCACCUUAUGUGGAAGGGAGUCCCGCCAUCAUGUAAAGCUUUUGACAAAUAUUGUAUUUUUAACGACUCUCAAAGAAUUCCAGAGUGCUUUGGGCCCUUCCAAGAUCAUACGUUUAUUACUUUAGAUGAACAUUCACACAGAAUAACCGUGGCUAUGGUCCUCAAUGGGACGAGUCUCAAGGAAGCUUCCAUUGAGGUACCUGCUAUGGCCAGAGAGGUAAAUUUACCUCCAGUUGGGAAUGUCAACGUGGUUGUCCAGCAUGGACGGAUCCAAAUAACCUGGAACAAGCCCAGUCUUCCUGUCAGUGGAUAUAUAAUUGUCUGGAACAGUACUUCCAAAAACCACAUGUGGCAGCAAACCCUAGAAACUAAUUUCACUUUGAAGGGUGAGCCUUUUGCUCUCUACACCAUAUCACUGACCCCACUCUAUAAAGAUGGUCCUGGAAAUGAGAUUACUCUUCAUAAUUGCAACCAAGAAGGAAACAUAAAUAAAGUGUCUAAAGUCGAAGUAACAAGGGUGAGCGAUACAUAUGCAGAGAUUCACUGGUUGCCGUUAUUACCGACCCACUGCUGUGCCUUUGUCCUGAACUACAUGGUGUUCUACAAAACAUACAAUGAGUCCAAACCCAAAAAUGUCCCUGUGAGAGCGAAUGAGCACCAUGUCAUUUUGAGGAACCUGCAGCCUGGAACAGAGUACAGCGUUUAUAUCAUGGCCAAUACACUUACUGCAACUUCCAAGAGCGUGCCAAUCACAUUCUUAACAAAUCCCAACAGUAAUUCUUUGUUUAUUGUGACAAUUCUUCUUCUUUCCUGCUGUGUUCUUUUGAUCUUGCUGUCCAUGAUUGUUUUGACAAUACAAAAGAAACUCUUAAAUAAAAAGAUCCCAGACCCACGAUUCAGUUCUCUAUCCAUGUGGCCAUCAGAGAACUGCAAAAAGGCUUGGCGUCUACUCCCAGUGUCUGGGGGCAGGGACACAGAGAAGAUUCUGCCAUGUCAUGUGGACAGUGAGGUUAUCAGUGUAUCACCAACCAGCAAAAAAGACAUGGCCACAGUAAAGGCUUUGACAGAUAUCCAGAAUAAUGCAACACCUGACCCGGCAUUACAGACAGAAAACACUCCAGUGGCUGCCAGUUUUACUAAUGAGGACCUGCUGCCAUUUGGUGGCAGAGAGCAAAGAGUCCCUCUGAAAUUGCAGAGUUCAGAAAUGUGUCUCGUCCCCUCUAUUCAAUCACCAUACAGGAAACAAACGCCAGUGAACAGCCCUGUGGAGUCGCUUGGUAAACCUGUAUGGUUAGAUGAGACAGAGACACUGCUGACACCAAAACAAAAAAAUUCAAAUGACUUUGCUAGUUAUGUAACCUUGGACAUGUUUGACUCUAAGAAACACCCAAACAAGUGACGACUUUAACAGAGUGGUCUCUCGAGCUAAUGUGGCUGCAUAUCUUGGGCUAAUAGUAAUAAUAUUUACAACAGCUUUAUCAUUGGGUGCUAUUGCUACAGUACACCUGUGAUGUAUACCUCUAUAGCAUUCAAAACAUCCAGUAACUAGUAAGAACCAGAAUUAACAUAGAUAUGGUACUGUGGAAAUGGCUUGAGUUACAUUGAUUUUGCAUUAAAUUAAAUAAUGCAUUAAUGCUUGUUUUUGCAUUAAAUUAAAUAAUGUAGAUUAAAUUAAAGUAAUGGGGACAAAUGUUUUACUGCGAAAGGCUGCAACAAGCCUAAAAAUUCAAUCUACAAAUUGGUUGUAUAUUUAACAAUCUGAGCAGCAACCUCAUUUCCCCUCUCGUCUGUUCCAACCACUCAGUAUCACUAUUAUACUAAUCACCGGCCUGAACAUCUGUCAACAUCUGCAUUUGUUUCUCACUGGUUCUUGUAUUAAGUUAAAUGGGUGUUUUUUUUUAAUGCUUGAAUGAUUCAUAGGUCACUGUGUGGCUUAAUAAACAAAAACAUUCCUCUGAAACUGGUCAGGUACAGGACUGGAUUAAAAAUGAGAAACUGCAGUAAAUGUUACCAACAAUGAGAGUCUUUAGGAAGCCUGGACAGCUAUUUCUUAAGACUAUGUUAAAAGUCGAAAAGACAUCAGGUUUAAAAAGGGGGAGCAAAAAUUGCAGCUAUACCUUUACUGGAUGAUAAUGUAGAUGAUAUGGGGCUUAACUGCUCUAAACAAAUGCUACAGUCCGCAGUACCGAUGGGAUAGCAGCGACCAGCCGAGAAAUACAUUUUCAGCAAGAAAACACAUCUGAUAACGUUGUCAUUUAAACCAAUACUUUUUCUACUGAUUAAUUGCUUCUAAGUCAUUCGAUUUGCCUCUGUGUUGUUUAAUUUCAGCCUAAUGUGAGCUACAAAGCUAACUAGCUUCCAACACAAGGCUGAAUCCCAGAUCCUUCUGUAACUCCUCAUCAAGGGCACGACUUUGUGUGUAGGACAGGUGGCUGUACAAUCCUAGCGUACUUGAUUUCCAUUUAACAAUGGGAACAGGAAAUGAUAACCCACUUACUCAAUCAUCGCCUGUACCGCUUUAUCCUGUAUACAGGGGGGACUGGAGCCUAUCCCAGGAGACUUAGGACACGAGGCAGGGUACACCCUGGACAGGGUGCCAAUACAUUUCAGGGCACACAUAUAUAGACAUACUAUGGGCAAUUUGGAAGUGGCAAUUAGCCUGAUCUGCAUGUCUUUGGACUGUGGGAUGAAACCCACCAAGCACGGGGAGAACAUAUAAUCUCCAUGCACAUGUACUGUAGGCGGGAUUCGAACCUGACUAUCGUUAAUGAUGAAUACCUAGCUUAAUGUAUGGCUACCUUGCAAAUAAAUGCUUCUAAACGUGCAGUGUUUGCUAUGUAAGUGUGUAAUUAUAACCAGUAAUUUAUGGUUAUAUUAUAGUGAAUGAAUUACAUAAAAGAAAAGGAUAUUACUCAAAAUGGUCACUUGUUUAUAUUUUAUGUUAAGAUUGAUUUUUUGUAUUAUACUUUUAUAAUAAAAAUAAUUAUAUAUCUAUAUACUUUAUUUUAUAUGUAAUAUAAGUGUUUUUGUGUAAAAGCUGUAGUUUUGUACAAGUUUUUUUAAGCCAUGUAUUUUGCCCUGUACAUUUUUAUUGCUUAAUUUUUUUUAUCUGUUUUUUUUUUCCCCCUUUAAGGCAAAAUUAUCAUCUGUGUAUCAAUAUGAGCUGAAAAUAACUUGGUAAUGUCUGAUGAUAUUAAUAUCACAUGAUCAGGUUUGCAAAUGGCAGACAAUAUUAACGUUAAGACAACAUGAAGCAGAAAUCAAAACUUUCUUGUUUCAAAGUAAAAAAACAAAAUGUACAGCUGGGAUGUCUUGAUGGUGUUAUUUUAUUUUAAUGAAAGUGAGAAAUACUGUUGAACUGAAAAGAUGUCUAGUUUGAUUUGGUAUUGUCAUUUUUUUUGUUGGCUCAAAGGACAGUGGUAACUUGACAAAGUCAGGACAUGUUUGUAUAUAUUCGUCUCAUAGAUGUUCCACAACAGUAACACUGUACUACAUGAAUGUCUUGUGUGGCGUGUUUUAUCUUUUAUACUGUAGUUUCUGUUGCAGAUGGACUCUAGUACACUCGUUACAGUACAGUACUCUGGCUGUCUUGGUGUAAUUCUCUCUGAAGAACUUACCGUAACAGACCAGUGGACUCAAAGAGCAAGAAGUGUGAUUUUGAUAAAUGAGCCUUUAUUUCACAUAGGAUUAUUACAAAGUGUAAUGUCAGUGAUGACUUGUUCAUAACAUACUGGAAAUCGAUAUGUGAAAAGCAUGCAUUAAACAGCUCUAACUUCAAA